GCAGCUAUGACUAAUGGGUUGCUAGUAGUGUAAGAGGUGAGCUGUGAGCAAGACAGGGAGAAACUGAAAAGUCACUGAGACUGUUAAAGAUACCUCAGCACUUGUAUGGGAUGGCAUUAGGUCAGUGCACUGCGCUAACAGCCAGUUGAAAGCAACAGCUUCUGGUGUCUGUCAACGUGGAGCAAUUACUUGUGCUUCAUAAAAGAUGCAAGAAUAUAUUAUUGGAGUGAGCUUAGGCAUAUCAAAAAAGUCUUAAAAGAGAAAUGACACAAAAAUCGAUGUGAUAGUCAUGAGAACCUAGAGACAGUUUCUUAAUGAAACAUGAGCAUGAAUGACAAGCUUGGUGGACCUGUUGGAUCCAGCUUUCAGGAUGAUCAUGGGGAAAUCAGAAACAACAACAGGUGCUCUGAGCAUUCAUGGGACGGAGAUGCCAAUGCAAAUGAGAUUCAGAGUAAAGAUGGUAGAACUUUGGAGGACAUUGGUACUCAAUCCUCUUUCAUAUCUCACACUGAAGAACAGGACAAAAUCAUCAUCUGGGGCACAGACUCUCAGUAUGAUGAUCCUGAACUGGCAGAGUUUGAGAUGUUGGAAUGCCAGGAACUGGAGGCUUACCUUGUCGAUUCAGAGGACAGUUAUGUUAAAGAUGAUGGUCUGACACUAGGCACCUUUUCCAAAAAUAAUACACAAACUGAGGUUGGUCUUAAAAAAGACACAAAAUUAGCUACAAAAGAGCAAGAAACAGCUUCCCACCAAUCCAUCAGCAAAGAGAUGGAGACAUGCCCUUCUAGGGCUGAGUUUAGUUCAGAUAAUGAUGUAUUUGUAUCCUGUUACUCCACAAUGUCCAGUCUUGCCUCACAGUCCUGUCUGACAAUUUCAGAUAAGAGCAAAAGUUCUCCACACACUGAACGAACUCAUGUAGAUCUCAAUCUGAACACUACUGUUUUACCUGAGGAACCUUAUUUGGAAGCACGAGAAAAUCAAGCAGCUCAAAACCAAUAUGUAAAAACAUGCAAAGAAUCCUUAGGCCAGUCAAAAACUGACAUAAAUGAAUGUAAACCAACUGUUGCAGGUGCUAAAAAUGAGCACAAUAAAAUAGAAAAUGCCAAUGAGAACAAUGUGGAUGCUGCUGAGAAGCACCCGGCUUCAAUUAUGGAAGAAUGUAAACAUAAAGAUCCAAAAGUGGUUUCAUUUCAGCAAAAAUCUCGCCAACCAUUUGGGUCAGAUGACGCACAUUCUUUUUCAGUGGCCAGCAAGAUUCCUCACGAUACCAGUCAUGAAAUAAAAUCUAAACAAUUCCAAAAGGAGGAAACUUUAGAAACAAUUCAGAGAUCCUCAACAGAAGCACCCAGUCAAAGUGUAGUAGCAGAACCCAGACUGUACCAGAAACAGGCAUCUUUUGAAAGAGCACAGAGUGCUAGCCCAUCUCGCCUGGAAAGGCGAAUGCCAAUGGGCACUUCUUCACACCCCUCUACUCCUCCAUCUUCUAAAAGCACCAGCUCCCCUAAACAACAACCACUUUCUUCACCAGCCAAGACUGUAAGCACACUAACUCCAAACCAGGAACCAUCUGGUUCUCCACAGAGGCUUGCUACUGGUUUGAAGCUUCCAAGUAAAAGCUAUUUCAGUAGUGGCAUCCCAAAACCAAUUCCCCCUCAACAGCCAUCUAAAUCAGAAUCUGAUUUUACGAAGUCCUCUCCUCCUCAAAGACCUAAAAACGUCCGCCCAAAAAUAAUCACUUACGUCCGGAAGAGCCCUCAGGCAAAGCCCCAUUCUACAGAGAGUCCAUAUGAAGCUUCUACUCUGCCUUCAAGGCUUUCACCGUACUCUAGUAUCCUGGCCACAAAAGAGCCAAAAGUUGCAGGAUCCAGAGGUUCACCAGUCAUGAGCUCCUCAAAUAUCCUUCAUGACAAGUAUCGACAGGAAUCGCAGAAAUCAGGAUACUACCCAUCAACUGGCCUGAUGGUGUCUGGCAUCAGACCACCAGGUCAUACUGUACCUCAUAAAAUGGUGGGGAAGUCAGAAAGUUUCCAUGGUGAGCUCCCAGGCAACUAUAUGCAUGAGGUGGGCAGAGGAGCACACCUUAGUGCGUAUGAAGUAGCUGGUGCCUAUCGAUCACCAAGGGCUCUACGGCCUCAGCUCGGCCUUGGAGCAGUCACAAGACAACCUACAACCAAAGCCAGGAUGCUGAUGACAGGUCAGAGGUCAACUUCUCCUCUCAGCCACUCAGCUUCAAUGGUGCAGCCUACACACUGCUACCAAGAUCCCACAGGGGAGUUGAAGAAGCCGAUAUUAGAGGUCGCUCCCAAGUCCCUCCUCCCCAAAUCGGGUCAGUCUGGCCUGCGCCCGCCGGGCUUCUCCCACUUACCCACUGCUCGCCUGGCUGCUUUCGGCUUCGUCCGCAGUGCCAGUGUGUCCUCCGUGUCCAGUAACCAAUCCAACGACAGUACUCAUAGCAGCCCAUGUCGCCCUGCUCACUGUCAAAGCAGUGAAAAUGAGGAGACCCUCGUGCCUCGUGCUCCUUUCUCCCCCGGGGACGGUGGCACCGGUAGACGAUCUAGCUGUGGAAGUGCCCAGACUGCAAACCGCCGCUCUGUGGUGCCUUCAUCACGUGGUUCACCAGUUGCUGCUAGGAAGGAGUUUAAAAGAGAUGGAGAUGUUGCUCAUCCUGUUCUGUCCUCCCCAAAGAGAUUUGCAAUGAUCUCGCCCAAGCCUCAUUCCCCUGUGCGUCAGAAGUCGUGUGUGGCGCAUCUCGGAGGCCGGACAGAGGGAUCGGAUGCUGAGCACGAGCGCUUCCUGGCGGUACAGGGCCUGAAAGAGCGCUGUGAGGAACAGGCUAAGCAGAUCAUCGCCCUACAGGCCCAAGUCGGAAAAACCUUGCUCUGCAUGGACGUCUUGGCAAUUACCACUCAGCACUUCUGCUAUAAGAACGAGAAUGCCUUGGUGAAGGAGAGGGAAUUGUCCCUGGAGCUUUCCAGGAUCAGGGAUGAAGUGGUGGUCAGCGUGGGCCGGUGGGAGCGCUUGCAGGGUGAGAAGGCUGAGUUGGAGCGCAUUUUUGAGCAGCAGCUGAGGAAGCUGAAGGACGAGCAGGAGAAGGAGCUGCAGGAUCUGCAGGAGAGGCUGAGAGAAGAGCAGCAGAAGGAGUUUGAGAUUCUGCAGCGACAGCAGAACAGCCAGCUAGAGCAGCUCAGCUCCCAGCACCAACAGCAGGUGGAGGAGAUGAGCGAGAGCCAUGAGGCAGCCAUGCUGGAGAUGGAGGCCACUCAUAAGGCCACACUGGCCACUCUACAGGAGGAGCACGCUAGGACGGUCAAAAAUCUCAAGAUGGCACACGAACAGCAGAGGAAAUCUCUGGAAGAAGAAUUCGAAAAACUCAGAUUAUCACUGCAGGAUCAGGUGGACACACUGACGUUUCAGAACCGCAGCUUGAGCGACCGAGCUAAGCGCUUUGAGGAGGCGCUGCGCAGGAGUACAGAUGAACAGAUUGUGGAAGCUUUGGCGCCGUAUCAGCACAUAGAAGAGGAUCUGAAGAGUCUUAAAGAGGUUCUGGAGAUGAAGAAUCAGCAGAUCCACCAACAAGAAGUCAAGAUAUCUGAGUUGGAGAAACUGGCCCAGAAGAAUGCCUUGUUGGAGGAACGUGUUCAGGUUCUACAGCAGCAGAAUGAGGACCUUAAGGCGAGAAUAGACCUCAACCUUGCCAUGUCCAGGCAACUGUCAGAGGAGAACGCAAACUUGCAGGAGUAUGUGGAGAAGGAGAGUAAUGAGAAAAAGCGACUGAGUCGCACAAACGAAGAGCUGCUCUGGCGUCUGCAGACGGGCGAGUUGAGCCCACGCAUGUCACCCAGCCAGUCGCCACUCCAUCGACCUUCUCCAAGCCCGGGCUCGCCAUCCCAGCUCCCACCCUUUCCUAGAUGAACCCCUUCCAUUCUUUCUUCUCUCUGUCUCCUCAUCAGUUUCAUUUCAGCUGUACCCUCAUUUAUCAGGCGUAAGUGCAAGCAGACACUUGAGGUGCUUAUAGACUGUAUCAGUUGAGCUGAAUGUGCUGUUAAUGGGUGCUGAUAACUAGGUUAUCUCAUGGAGGAGGCUCAGGCGGAGUGUGUCUGAAUUCAAACCGCUAAACCUUUGGUAAUUCUUUGUCUUACAUAUUUUAAUUCUGAACAAACGGGACUCUGUGUAAUACGGUUUCAGUAUAGCAGAACAUACAACAGUCAGAUAACCCGAUAGUUUGUUCAUUUUAACAACUUUUUAACGACCAUCAUCAUACAAACAUGAUGAACACAGCUUGUUUGAGCUGCAGAUUUUUCUACCCUACUUGUAUCAUGCAUAAUGAAGUGCAGACUACCACUGGCAUGCUUUACAAACUAUCUGAUUUAAUUAGCUUCUAUGGUGUCUGUAUGUCAAGCUUUGCUCUGACUAGCAUUUGCAGCAUAUGUAAGCUGAAAAUGAAGGCAUAAACAAGAUACAAGAAUUCUAUACUUAAUUAUUCAUUCAUUCAUCUUCAGUAAGUGCUUUAUCCUGGUUAGGGUUAUUUAUUGAUCUGGUGUCUAUCCAAGGAAAACACUGGGCAUGAGGCAGGAAUAUAGCCUGAACAAAGAUUCACAUACUCAUUCACAUCUGUUCACUUACUGACAUGUUUUUGGGAGGUGGAAAGAAACCGGAGAAUUGUGUCACAAAGAACAUGCACAAAAAUGCCCACAGAACAUUUUGAUCCUUAAGCAACAGCUUACUCAACUCCAGAACCCAAAUCCAAAAUCUACCCUGUGGACCACACCCAUGUUCAAAUUACACCGGUUAUAUUACUUUACUUGAAAGAAUGCACAGUUUAUUUCCAAUGAUUUACAGACAGUUUAACGUGUAAUAAAAUAAACACAACUGAGCAAGACUUGAUCUAACUACACAGUUACAAACACAGCAGUAUGUUCUUUUCACACCACAAGGUAGCCCCCUUGGAAAUGCCUGACGCAUAAACCUUUCCAUCCAUGGAUAUCUGUUAAAAGGGCUCCCCCUGCUGGUUUAAGGGGCCCUAUGCAGCCUCUUUUACUGCUCUUAUGAGAAACUGUACUCACACUUUAACCCAAGUCAUGAAAUGAUUACUGUACUGUCACAGGUUAUUAUUCAUCCAAUUUAUCUGUAGUUUAAUUUGGAAAUUUCUUCCUCUUUAAAUAUACUGUAUAAACCUCAUUGUUUAAGCAAUGAGAAAAAUAGUGACCAUCACUGUCCUUAUAUAACCAAAGUAGUUCCUCGUGCAUUCUCUCAUGUUUCGUAACAUUUUAUGUUUUUCGUGAGCUCAUUGUCCAACAAGAUAUUAAGCGCAAAAAGAUCGACUGUGGAUAUUGAAUGAGAAAAGUACAAUAUGUUAAUGCUAAUGUACUUCACUAUGAGGCUGUUCUCGAGAUUACUAUCUUCUCAGUGCAAAAAAUAUAUAUAAUAUAAUAUAAUAUAAUAUAUUAAUAAUAACCAUGCCUUCAUCUUCUGGUCAGCAGUGUUUACAGACCUCCAUGUCAGCCUUCAUGCAGGAAAAAAACUGCCAUUGCUGUUUCUCUCAUGGACUAUUUGUAUGCUGAACAAACCUCCUCCUGCAGAAGUCUUCCAUUUGAACGAAGAUGUAUUUAUAUACUGGCAACACUGAAGAGAUUUCAUCACAUGCAGGAGAUAAACUUGGCUACUUGGAAUGUUGCUAAGCUAACAUACAGCCAUAGGAAGAUAAUACCAUACAGCUAGUACCACAACAUUAGCACUUGAGCUACAGCACAUUAUGCCAGUACUGCUAGCAUGCUCAAGGUGAUGUGCCAUAGUUUGUCAAACAUGAAUUGCUGACAGUGUCAGGAAGCGAAAUUUUACUGUGGAAAAAAAUGAGCAAAAAUAAAUAAAUAAACAAAUCUGGGUGUUUUGCUAGCAUGGUAAAUACUUUAGCAUUGCAAUAGUUCACUUCUUGUGAUGCGCUGUGUUUCUGGUUAACCACAGAGAUUUUCAGGAUAUACAAAUUCAAAAAGCCAUGAUGCUUUUUUUUCCCAAAAAAGUCCUUCGUUUAGGCUUUUUACUAUUCAAGCAUCAUUCAUUCUAUUCAAUUUUCCCUGCUACAUAAAAAACAAAUACGUUUAGAAAAGGGCUUAAUAAGUGGUCAUUGAAUCAGAUUAGGAAGAAACGAUCCCAAGAACUAAACGGUUAUCCGUUUUAACCUAGUUUCCGUUGCUUGUGCUACAAUUCCAGUGCUAAAUAAUGAAUUGAAAAUUGGCUGCCAUUAUAGAUUAAUUUCAAAUACCUGAACAUAUGUAAGUGAUGUACUGAUAUGAAAGCAAAGGUGGGAACGAGAAGGUAAAAAGAAAAUAUUUGAUACCUUUAUGUUUUUCUUUUAUUCUAAUCAUAAAUUGUGUUAUUUAUUUGCAAGUGUCAGUAUACAGUAAGUGUACUUAUGUUUUCUAUGAUCGCUGUCAGUUUUUACUCUACGAUACUGUAUUAAGCUCAACAAGACGAAUAUCUCUGGUCAGUGUUUACUCUUUUUUUUUCCCGGCAAAUCCCACAAACCUGCAAAACCUCUAAAAACAGCGUUUGUUGUCUCAUUCUCAGUGUUGAGCUCAGUAUUUUUUUAGUUUUGUCUACUUUUAUUUUAUUUUUUUUUUCGUAUUGCAUUUUGUAUUAUGUAUAAUCAUUUAUCCGAGUCAGAAAUUAAUCUCAGGUUAAGAAAGUUCUUUUGAAGGCUCUUGAAUUGUACAGAUUGUACAAAUAAUAGAAACAAUAUCUGUUUUUAACUUAUACAGCCUACACAUUUGAAAGGUAUAAAAUAGUUAUAUAUAUAUAUAUAGAAAUAUAAUGCAAAUCACCUGAGAACAGCAUAUCAGUUAAACAUACUGUGGGGAGAUUCAGAAAUAUUUUGUAAUGUUUUAAUGAUUUCAUAUUUGAUCCAUCUAUGUGGAAUCACAUCGUAUCCAGUUUUGCGGUACAUUGUUUUUUGUUACUGAUUUGUGUUGUUUGUGUGUGAAUGUCAAUCCCAUCAACAUUCAUUUUCAUUUGUUUUAUGAAUUUAGUAAUAACUAAAUUCCGAAUGAAGUGUUAAGGAUUGACAUUAAGGGAUGAACUCUGCAUUAUUCCAUCUCGGUUUCCGGGACUUAAUUUAUGUUGUAAAAUAUAUAUUUGUUUAUAUGUUUUACCCGAAAAACAGAGCAUGUCUUAAAGCUGUGGUUUUGUUGUAUUAAGUUGUUGCUGUAAACCAUGUAUAGUAUAGAUUAGAUUACAGUUUGGAGUUAGACUGUAUUCAGAGAGAUCUGUUUGUAUAUAUAUUGCACUUUGGACUUAACUGUAAAAUUCAAGGACAUGAAUCAGGCACUUUUAAAAUAUCACUACAGUUUACAAGAAUCUUAAACUAAUUAAGCCUAUAUGAUAGAACGGCAGGCAGCAGCUAUAUGAUCUACUAAAUUCAAUCAAUGUAUUGGUUUAUAAAUUAAUAAAUAAAAGAACACUAUCAUCUAUAGCAUUGUUUUGUCAAUUCAGUUGUAUUUAAACUGCGUUUUGAAGCAUCAUCACAUUGCCCAGAUAUCCAUCCAUCCAUCCAUCCAUCCAUCCAUCCAUUGUCUAUACCCGCUUUUUCCUAAUUAGGGUCAUGGGGGUCUGCUGGAGCUUGCCCAGAUAUAUAUAUAUUUUAAAUAAAUAUAUUUAUCAGUUCCUU